CGCGCACGGCGAGCAGCAGCAGCAACAACGGCUUCAGCGCUUCUCUGACGCACCGUCGGAGAUGAGCAUCCCAGUCCCACAGGCUGACUCUCUCGACAUCUCCCCCCCGGACCUCUGCGGUCAAGCUUUUGGCAUCAACUCCGUUUGUUUAUAGUCUGUAGACUCCUCUCCUCAUCUCGACGCUUGUCAGACUGAGCGCUGUGUGUGGCAAGGAUGCCCACCGUUGGCAUCUUUUUGCUUGGAAUUUACUUCGGAGGUGAUUUUUGCAUCUGAAAGAACUGCCAGCAAGAGUGACUGACGUCUUUUUACCCUUAACCUGUCUCUUCUUGGGGGCAUCCUUUCCGAAAAUUCUUGGAGGUGUUGAUGAUAGAGGGGUUGAAAUUAAAGGUGAGACGAGGUGAUGAAUUAAGAGGGCUGUUUUUACAGGAGAUCAUUUGGAUGACGGACGCCGAGAGGCAGCAGCUCACUCUCUCUCUCUCUCUGCAACGCGAAUCUCUGCGCCCUUGGAAUAUUCUUACAUCAGCACUGUUACAGAGUAGAAAUAUUGUCUGAGUUUGCGGGCAUAUUCGAUACGACGAGUUUGCCCACUGCAGGGGCUGCUGCGGCUUUCCGCUCUGAGAUACGUUUCCCUUGACGAUCGGGCGCCCGAGCAUCCCGGACGAGCCCGAAUUUGCGAUGCCCAAACAGUGAGGGAGGGCUGGGAUUUCAUUUGGUCACCCUGCACGGUAGCAUGGCUCCAGCCCGGAGGGACUGCAGCGGCUGGGAGAUGUUCCUCCCGACGGGAUGCCUGCUCCUCUCUGUUUUGCUAUUUCACCCUGCUCUGGCCAAGGUGUGCAACGACCGCACCAAGCACGGACAGGACAACAGCUGGUUCAGCAGGGACGGGGAAAACUUGCCCAUAAUGGUUCUUAUGCCCAUGAACGAGUCAGCCCUGAUGAGCAGCAUCAGUCAAGGGAUCGAACCGGCGGUCCAGCUGGCUAUCCAGCACAUACGGGAGUCCAGGAAGUAUUCGUUCUCUCUCAUCACCAAAAUCUACGACACCGAGUGUGACAACGCCAAGGGGCUGAGGGCCUUCUUUGAUGCCAUAUGCUACGGCCCCAAACACCUGAUGAUCUUCGGAGGCGUCUGCCCCUCCGUGACCUCCAUCAUUGCCGAGUCCUUGGAGGGCUGGAAUCUGGUGCAGCUGUCCUUUGCAGCGACUACCCCAGUUCUGGCAGACAAGAAGAAAUACCCUAACUUCUUCCGCACCGUCCCAUCGGACAACGCCGUGAACCCGGCAGUCGUGAAGUUCCUCAACUACUACAACUGGAGCCGUGUGGGGACCCUCACACAGGAUGUUCAGAGGUUCUCAGAGGUGAGGAAUGAUCUAACUAAUGAGCUGGAGAAAGCUGACAUUAACAUCGCAGAUACAGAAAGUUUCUCCAACGAUCCCUGUGUCAAUGUCAAAAAGCUCAAGGACAACGACGUGAGAAUUAUCAUCGGUCAGUUUGACGAGAACCUGGCCUCCAAAGUCUUCUGCUGUGCGUAUAACCUGAACAUGUAUGGCAGUAAAUACCAGUGGAUUAUCCCCGGCUGGUACCAGGGCAACUGGUGGGAACAGGCCAACACCACCAACUGCACCACGAAGAAGCUGCUCACAGCCAUGGAGGGCUACAUCAGUGUGGACUUUGAGCCGCUCAGCGCUCGGCAGAUCAAGGGCAUCUCUGGCAGGACUCCUAAGGAGUACGAGAGGGAGUACAGCCGGGAGCUUCAGCAGAAAGGUGUGGAGGCGAGCAAGUUUCACGGCUUUGCCUAUGACGGGAUCUGGGUCAUCGCCAAAACCUUGACUCGGGUGAUGGAGCUGCUGCGGAUAAAGCAGCGGCAAAACGUCUAUCACAACUUCACUGUGGAUGACCGCGAAGUGGGAAAAAUGGUGCUGGAUGUCAUGAAUGAGACUAACUUCUAUGGAGUUACGGGCCAGGUCAUGUUUCGCAAUGGAGAGAGGAUGGGCACAAUAAAAUUCAACCAGUUCCAAAACGGCCAAGAAGUGAAGGUGGGCGAGUACAACGCAAUUGCUGAUGUGCUGCACCUCAACAACAACUCAAUCAGGUUCCAAGGUGUGGAGCCUCCCAAGGAUCGUACGUUUGUGCGUCUACAGCGGCGCCACAUCAACGUGCCCCUCUACAGCAUCCUGUCCACCAUCACCAUCCUGGGCAUGCUCAUGGCCGGGGCCUUCCUGUUCUUCAACAUUAAGAACAGAAACCACAGGCUAAUCAAGAUGUCCAGUCCCUACAUGAACAACCUGAUCAUCUUAGGAGGCAUGCUCUCCUACGCCUCCAUCUUCCUGUUUGGUCUGGAUGGAGGCUUCGUUUCUGACAAAGAAUUUGAAACCCUCUGCACUGUUCGGACGUGGAUCCUCAUCGUCGGAUACACAACUGCUUUCGGCGCUAUGUUCGCCAAGACCUGGAGGGUGCAUGCCAUCUUCAAGAAUGUGAAGAUGAAGAAGAAGAUCAUAAAAGACCAGAAGCUGUUGAUCAUCGUCGGCGGGAUGCUGCUAAUCGACUUGUGCAUCCUCAUCUGCUGGCAGGUUGUGGACCCGCUCAGGAGGACCGUGGAAGAAUACAGCUUGGAGGCAGACCCCCAAGGCCGAGACAUUGCCAUCCGUCCCUUCUUGGAGCACUGUGAGAACACCCACAUGACCAUUUGGCUGGGCAUCGUCUAUGCCUACAAGGGACUGCUAAUGUUGUUUGGUUGUUUCCUGGCGUGGGAGACCAGGAACGUGAGCAUCCCCGCUCUCAAUGACAGCAAGUACAUCGGAAUGAGUGUGUACAACGUUGGCAUCAUGUGCAUCAUCGGAGCCGCGGUGUCUUUCCUCACCAGGGACCAGCCCAACGUCCAGUUCUGCAUCGUAGCGCUGGUGAUCAUCUUUUGUAGCACCAUCACGCUCUGUCUGGUCUUCGUUCCCAAGCUAAUCACUAUGAGAACGAAUCCCGAUGCAGCCACCCAGAACCGCAGGUUAAAGUUCACCCAGAACCAGAAGAAAGAAGACUCCAAGACCUCCACGUCCGUCACCAGCGUCAACCAGGCCAACACCUCUCGACUGGACGGCCUUCAGACCGACAACCACCGCCUCCGCAUGCGGAUAACAGAGCUGGACAAGGAGCUGGAGGAAGUGACGAUGCAGCUGCAGGACACCCCAGAGAAGACUCCCUACAUCAAACAGAACCAUUACCCCGAUGCCAAUAACAUCCUCAGCAUACGCAACUUCACAGACGGCAAAGAUGGAGAAAAGUCGAUACUGAAGAACCAUCUGGAGCAGAAACCACAGGCGCAGUGGGGCUCCAUGGAUCCGUCCAGAAUAAACAGAGGUCCCCUGGAGGAUAUCAACUCGCCUGAACACAUACAGCGUCGACUGUCUUUGCAGCUGCCCAUCCUCCACCAUGCCUACUUACCUUCCAUAGGAGGGGUUGAUGCCAGCUGCACCAGCCCUAACGGCAGCCCUGGUUCCAGCCCAAGGCACAGACACAUGCCCCCCUCCUACCGGGUUAUGGUCUCCGGCCUGUGAGAUUCAUUUUCCUCCGCUGCCUGGCUCUUUGCAGAGGAAACAUCUACAGUUCUUUUUUCUACAACAAAUAGACUGAUGUCAUCAGCGUAUGUGCGUAUUUUGUCUCGAAUCGAGGAAGACGGGGGAAGAAGAGAGGGAGAGGGGGAUAAAGUUUCACUCUUUGUACUUCUUCACCCCAAUCCUUCUGAAGAACUGAUAUCUUUAGUCAGGAAGGGGUGGGAGGAGGAGACAGAGUGGAUGCCGGAUGACCCUCAAAAACUCCCAUGACUAACAUCCCCUUGUCCAUCUGCCCCCCCUCCCACCCCCUUGCCUAGGCAUAUACACAUAUGCACAGCCAAACACAGAUAUACACAAGUACACACACGCACAAACACAGUGACACAACAAUAGCAGCGGUGGACCAGCCCUAAUCUGACGUGUAGCCUUAUCUGCUUCAGAGGGGAUUGUCUGUUCCUGUUCCUUAUCUGUCGUAUGUAUGUGCUCGCAGCUGCGUGUGAGCUUCACAUCUAACUUGAGUAUUUCACUGCUUCAGUGACUGGACACCAGUUUGGAGACGUGGAGUUUGCAAACCCCAACAAAGGAAAUCAUCCAAUUUACUCCCAACCUUGUGCAGACAUGUAAAUAUCAUCAUUUCUGAUGUUGAUGUACUGUAAGCUUUGUAUAUGCUGUGAAUGGACAAUUAAUUGGGUUCUAAGCGUGGAGCUUGUAACAGAGGCAGGUGGGCAUGAGAACUUCCAGUGAAAGCUUCUAAAUCAUGGCAUCCUACAUAUUAGACAUAUGUAUGAGAGAUAUAUACAUUUGUUUGUGUUAGCUGUGAAUUAGCUUUUGGGCAGCAAAGUAAGACACAUCAGUGUCGGUGAGUCACACAACAUGAAAAUACACCAGAGCCUGUUUCUAAGAUGCACAUGGCUAUUUAUUUAUUUUUUUUCCACUUUGCUAAAGUUGUACCACAGGUUUUCGUCAGAGAUAUCACAUCGGACUUUGCGUGGGCCUUCAUAUUUUACAACUUGCUUCGAGCAUGUUUUACGGAAUAUCGACGCGAUGCCUUUUAACCGGUGUCCAAAGCUGCAUCAUCUUAGAAUAUAGAGCUAAAAGAUGCCACAAGAGUGUUCCACGGUUGCGUUUUAUGUGUGUUGUAUGCCAAGAAAUACACACAUAGAGACGCUUAAUCCACACCUUAUACAUUCAGGUGCUUUUCAGACACGGCAUUAGUGACGGGCCUGGUCACAUUGAUCCCCACAGACUGGUCUCCAUAGACUGUUAAGAUGUCCAUCUGAUCUAGCCCUAUCAGCUAACCAGCACAGUUCAGGGCGAUGGGGGUGUCAAUAGCAGAAGUGCACAAGUCUUUGAAAUAACAGAUGAAACUAAUAAAUGGUGGAAAGGAUGUAGGUCAACCUGUUCCGAAGCUGGUUUGGAUGACACGGUUGACCUGAAUUUCCACGUGACACAAUAAACCACUGGGAGUUUCGUGUAACAAGCCCAAAACGACUGUAGCUUACAGUUCAAAGACGGUGGUGCCACCACUGCGGGUCACAGUGAUACAGCACAGACACAGGGCUUUCUAUCACAGAUAAUAUUGAGUGUCAUGAGAAGUCACUUCACACUUAGCAACAGUGAACAUACCUCAGUUGCUAUGGAAAUGUAAUCCAGUGCCGUUGAACUUGGCCCAACAAGGCUGCGUUGAGCACAACGGUCAUCGGCGGUGUCGUCAUUUUUUUGUAAAACUUUCCUCAUGCAGGAGAAAAGCAAACAGGGACUCCGGACAAAACAAACAAACAAAAAAAAAAAAGAAAAAAAAAAGGACUUUUUUAUCGAGUGUGAGAAGAUUUGUUCUCAGCAUAUUAUUUCACCAUUGGUGUCUUGGUUUUUAGUUUUUAAGGCGUUUGUUGAGCGCUGUGCCUGUUGUCUUAUAUUGUAGCCUGCAGGACCCACGGUACAUACAUAGGGUGACAAUUGCUCCAACCCAGCAAAACACAACAUUGGCCGCACAUCUGUAAAUUGUACAACACGUCAUAGAUUAAUUUAAUUUCCAUGCCUCAGUGAGUGAAAGUGAACGGGACAGUUCGGGAGUACUCGGCGAAAGCUCCACUUCAGCUGGAGCGGAUUCCUCCCGCGAAGCUCGUGUUCAUAAACGCUGUCAAUCAGUCUUUAGUUGAAAGGCCAGUGGAGGAUUCAGAGCUGGAGCGGGAGACGAGCUAGCAGAGACGCGCCUGCUAUCGGACAUAUCAGGGUGACCUCCUGUGAUCCCCCUUCCAGCCCCUGCUGAGCGCAGGAGCAGGGAAACCCCGAGCACAGACCUCCAAGGAGUCGCACCUUUGCCAACCAGAGAAUCACUUGACAAGUGAGCGAGAGACGUUAUCAGAGGGUUGGUUCUUCCUUCAGGAGGAGAAAAACCAACCGCACAUUUUAUAUAUUACAUUAUAUGUGAUUGUGUACAAUUUGCUGAUACCCUGAUGAUGGUGUCCAUGUAUGGAAUAUUUGGUAUUUGGCUUUCUCAAGACGGCAUGAAAUAAAAUCUAUAAUUCACAGAGUUACCUCUGUUUUUGCAACUGUCGUGACAAAUCCACUCUGUAGUUUCAUCCUCUCACAUGAGAUUCGGUUUUACGUAUAUUUCCUAUCUGACUAUUAAUUUGGGUUUUUCUUUAUUUAUUUUUUUUAACAUGUCAAUGCCAAGAUUCUCAGUGGACAAGGUCAACAUCGUCAUUUCAACUAUGCUACUGGUUUAGCAGCGAUUCACUGAGGGCAAUAAAGUGAAGGUAGUAGCAAACGAUCAAUUUUACUAAACCACUCUUUGGCAUUUACAAAAUUACCAAAUUAUUUUUUUUUCUAGUGCAUAGUCAAAGUACCAAAUGCAGAUCAUCAAAUAUUAUUCCUUUCAUUUUUUUUUUCUGUGCCCUGAUUUUGCUUUUUAUGAGUCAAUUUUUUUCAACGUGAAUGAGAACUUGUUCAAAUGCAAUUGUGGUAGGUCAAGGGCUCAUAAUUUCCUGUAAUAAAUAACAUCAUGCUGAUGGUUUGUAUUUGCCACAGGUCUUUUUACCUCUUCAGUUUGAAGAUCAAAGCGACAUAUACGUAUAUAAUGAUAUCUAUGUAUGUGUCUUCAUCAGGUUUUUUCUGGAGAGUACGAAGCAUAAAUGUCCAAGAAUAUAACAAUAUUACAAAUAUAUUAAGUGGAAAAACACACAGGUCCAUACUGUUACUGUUUUGUCAGUUUGAUAUGUGGUAUCACACAGCAUUAAGUUCAGUUCAGAGUUUCAAAUGGCAAACAAAACCUGUUAAAUGCAACAUGUUCAAGAGGGGCAAUAACUUGUUUUCUUAUUACAGAAAGAAUAGAGACCUAUAUAUAUAUAUAUAUGUAUAUGUAAAGAUCUUUACGUACAUUCUCAUUUUUACAUAGGAAAUAUUUCACAAAUGCCACAAGGAUACUUGGAAGUCGUUUUUUUGUUUUGUUUUUUGUUUGUUUUCUCAAUUAUUAUUUACAGUAUCUGUAACUAUGUUAUGUACAGAUGAGGUCUAGAUAUGAAAAAGUUGUAUAAAAUAAGUAUCACACUUGGAACACCUGAACAUUUUUGGAGCCAUUAGUUGUUAUUGGGGAGGGGGCGGGAUUUGAAAAAAACAUUCUUCUUUUUGUUGUCUGAAUGUUAUGGACAGCCUUUACUUUUCACAUCAUCGUUAAAUAAAGUGAAACUGAAAACGA